CAAACAAACAUCAGUUUGGUCUCACGACACGACCAAGCUACACAACUUUGAACAAUGAAUAUUCAGGAGGAGACUCAGCUCACUCUUGCUCUUCCUGGUUCCACCAAAUCAACCACACCUGUAACAGCCACAAAACGUGCCUUCUCCACUACUACACUUGAUCUUCAUCUUGGCACCAAACAUGUGGUGGGAUGGCCACCGGUGAGAGGAAACAGAAAGAAUAUUGGGAUAAAAAGUUGCAAGUAUGUCAAAGUUGCGGUAGAUGGAGCUCCGUAUCUAAGAAAAGUCGAUCUCGAAGUUUACGACGGUUAUGAGAAUCUUCUGAGGGCAGUGGAUAGCAUGUUUGUCGGUACUAAUUUGAUGAGUGAGAAGAAAUUCAUGCUUACCUAUGAGGACAAAGAUGGUGACUGGAUGUUGCUUGGAGAUGUACCCUGGAAAAUGUUUGUUGAAUCAUGCAAGAGAAUAAGGCUUAUGAUUAGCAUGGAGGAUAGUACUAGUUGCAGUUCCAGAUGUACGGGCUCCAGGGAGAAGAAUAAUUAGUGUAAUUAAACAUCAUAAUUAGUUGUUAAACACUUGCUAAUUAAUGUUAUUGGUGCUUGAUCGAUGUUGUAUAUGAACCCUUUAGGCUUUAGCAAUUAGCACCUCUAGUAAUUUUUGGUUUCGGUUUGGAAUGAACUUCAACGGAGACUCACAUCUAGAUUUGUGAUUAAAAUAUAAAAAUAGCAUGUAUGUAAUGUAAUGUUCCAGAUUAUGAUCAUCAAUAUUAAUAAUAUAGAAAGACUCUGUAGCUAUAUAAUGGACUUUGUUCGGU